AUGCGCUAUAUCAGACUGAAGGGUAAAUUCCAAAAUUUAUCAAUACUGUCGGUAUAUGCACCAACUGAAGAUGCCGAAGAAAAUAACAAAGAUAAUUUCUACGAUAAAUUAACGGCCUACUGCAACAAAAUAAGCAGACAUGAUAUGCUAAUUACUAUUGGCGAUUACAAUGCGAAAAUAGGCAAGGAAUAUUUUGUAGGAGAAGUUGCUGGACAACAUUCUCUACACAAUAUCAGUAAUAACAACGGUAUUCGCGCAUGUAGCUUUGCUGCAAGUCAAGGAAUGUGGAUUAGCAGUGUUUCCUUUCCACACAAAAAUAUACAUAAGGAAACCUGGAAAAUACCUGGAAUGAGGGGUGCUAAUCAAAUUGACCAUGUUAUGAUCGACAAAAGACACGCAAUUUCUAUAGCUGACGUUAGAUCAUACAGAGGUGCGAAUUGCGACUCAGAUCACUACUUAGUUGUUGCUAAAGUACAUCAACGUAUUUCAAAUGUGAGUAGUAGAAACAGCUUCAAAAGAACUAUAUGGAACACAAGCAAAAUUAUUGAAAGUACUUCAGAACGUGUAAGAUUUCAGCAAAAAGUAGAAGAAAAGAUUAAUAGAAAUCAACGUGAAAACGAGACUAAUGUAUCUGAUAAAUGGAACAACAUAAAAAGUAUACUGAGCCAUGCAGCAAAUGAAACAAUCGGCAAAAAAAUCAAUAAUACAAAUGAAUGGUACGAUCAAGAAUGCAAACAAUUGAACGAAUCGAAAACGCAAGCUAAAAGGAAAUGUUUAGGUGCACCAACGAGACAAAACUUACAAGACUACCAACAAAAAAGAAAAAUCGCUAAGAAAGCGAUAAGGAAAAAGAAAAAGCAAUGGAUGCAGCAUUUCCGCGAACUCCUGAACAGCGAAAAUGAAAACGAAUUUAAUAAUGAUAAUAACAACCAUGAUACAAUAUUAUACCGUACGGUCGAAAAUGUGAUGGAGCUACCCACACUUAAUGACAUUAAAAAAGCUUUAAAUAAGCUAAAAAACAACAAAAGUGGAGGUGAAGACUCUAUCACUGCAGAAUUAUUAAAAUACGGCAGUACAAAAGUAUAUAGUGAAUUACAUAGCAUAGUAUGUCAAAUAUGGCAAGAAGAGACCAUACCACAAGAAUGGCUUACGAGCAUCAUAAUUCCAAUUCAUAAGAAAGGAGACAAGAAAAUAUGCAACAAUUAUCGUGGUAUAUCACUAUUAAAUACUGGAUACAAAGUAUUCACAAAUGUAUUAUACGAUAAAAUUAAUUUAUUUGCUGAAGAAAUAUUGGGCGACUAUCAGUGCGGUUUCAGACAAAAUCGAUCUACGACAGACCAAUGCUUCAUACUGUGUCAAAUCUUUGAAAAAUUUUUUGAAUAUUCUAUUGACAUACAUUGUGUGUUCGUGGAUUUUAAGCAAGCGUUUGACAGCAUAAAUAGGUCAAGAAUAGAGCAAAUUCUUCAAAUUAAUGGCAUACCCAAGAAAUUAAUUAAAUUAACAAUGAUGACACUUACAAAUACAGUUGCCAAGGUACUUAUUCAGGGAGAAUUAUCAAACUCGUUUGAAAUAAGUUCAGGCGUAAAACAAAGCGAUGCACUAUCGUCUUUAAUUUUUAAUCUUGUGUUAGAUAGCGUUGUUAAAGAUGUAGAUCCCGGCGGCACAAUAUUCAAUAAAAGCGUGCAAAUAUGUGCUUAUGCCGAUGACAUCGUGAUACUUUCAAGAAAUCUGAACGACUUGAAAGAGACUUUUGAAAAACUUGAAACGACAGCUAUAACAAUGGGGUUAAAUAUAAAUACAGACAAAACAAAUUCUGAUAAGGAUACAUCAAUUGAAAUAUUACAACGAAUUCAAUCUGCAAACAAAACAUAUUAUGCCCACAGAAAACUACUACACUCAAAGCUUUUAUCAAGAAACCAAAAAUUACAAAUGUACAAAACACUGAUAAGGCCGGUUCUAACAUAUGGAUGUGAAAUUUGGACAUUAAAAUCUACCGACAUCAGUGCACUUGCAUCGUUCGAAAGAAAAAUACUUAGAGGUAUAUAUGGACCAAUAAGAUCUGACGACGGUUCUUACCGAAUUAGGUAUAAUCACGAAAUCGAAAAUUUAAUAGAAAAGCGAAAUGUAAUUAGGUUCAUAAAAGCAGAAAGAAUUGGAUGGCUGGGACAUCUAUUAAGAAUGGAUGAUGCAAGAGUAGUUAAAGAAGUUUUUAAAAGCGUGCCUGAAGGAUAUAGGAGACGUGGCCGGCCAAGAAAAAGAUGGAUCGAAGACGUAGAAGCAGAUUUAAGAUCAAUGACCGUCGUUAAUUGGAACAAUCUUGCAAAGCAGAAAGAUCAAUGGCGGGCGGUGGUAGCAGAAGCUAUUGUUCACCCCGGACUGUAA